AUGGGGUCCUCGGUGCCCAGAAGCUUCAUCGACCUUCCGCUGGAAAUCCAGUUCCUGGUUUUCGCCAACUUUGACUGUGCAAGCGACCUUCGAGCGCUUGCCUUGACUUGCAAGAAGCUGCAUAGCGCUGUCAACAACGAUGGAUGGCGACGUUUCGUGGAACGCAGUUUUCCCUCUCUGUCUAUUCCCAUUCCAAACGGAAAUCGCCACACCUGGGAACAACUCGCCGAAUCACUAACCUGGCAAAGUCGAUGCUGGGACCGGCGAGCUCUGCAAUUCCAAGUUCUACUACACUCACCACACGGCGAUGAGGUGAGACGGCACCGAGGGAAUACGAGGGGGAGAAGUCUAUUCCACUCUGUUGUUGAUGCUCAUUUCGACCCAGCCACCCAUGAAGAGCUCGUUGUAUGGGGUGCCGGAGAAGACAUCGUUGGCCGGUAUAGGGAGCGCCAGGGACCGGACAAGCCGUCCAAGUCUUCGUGGCACAGCGUUAAUGGCAAGGAACUGGGCUUCAGGGCGGCUUACGAUGAUGUCAACUCGGUAAAGAUCGUCAACCACCACACCGGACGAGCUGUUGUCACUGGAAGGCACAAUGGAACGCUGUCGCUCAUAUCAGCGGAACCGGAUCGCUUUGGCCAGCCCAUCUCGGAGUUCAAGUUCGGUCCUCCACAAACAUCUGAAACAAACAACGGCUCAGAACCGGAAAAUCUCAGUUCGUUGGAUGUUCUUCAACACGGCUCCAGCACAAGAAUAGCGGCUGCCACGAGGAAUGGCCUGGCCAUAUUCGACCUUCCUGCGGACGCCACAACCGAACUAGAGCCAUCUGCUACAUUUGAUCUCAAAACAGAGAUAUUCUCCCUGAACACCUCGAGACUCAGUCGUGCCAAAUGGAUGGAACAGGGCGAAACCGUUGCAUUGGCUUUGAGUGGCUCUCCCGAUCCUCUCCGUUACCUCUCCCUGACACCAACGGGCCUCACUCAUCACACAGCUGCCAAGAAUGCAUCAAUUGCAGCUCAGUUUGAGCUCAAGGACAAUGGAAAUAUCUGUCCCAAUUCUCUAGAACCUGUUUAUCGGACUGGAGGCUGCAGAACCAGUCUACUUCUCAGUGCGUGGCGAGAUGGGACUAUCAGGUUACAAGACUUACGCACACCAUCACCGUUUGACGCUGUCUAUCAAGACAAUGUUGAUCCAUGGGUUGAUGCUGAGGCCCUCAUGACAUACGGCACAGAGCGCUUCGUUGCCGGAGGGGGGGAUGGCCUCACCGUCAAGAUAUUCGACUUUCGCUGGGAGCGACCCUACCAUCACACCUCAGGUCUUCCGUGUCUGAACUCAUCGCCAUUCCCAGGACCCUCGCAAGCGUUCUUGAAAAAUCCUACAAAGUCAAAUCUCGGCAAUGAAAGGUGCAAGCAAGGACGAGCGUGCCAGUACCACGAGCUCUCAAAACACAUCUACUAUCGACCGAACGCCAAGUUUUACCUUUCCAGGUCACUGAUCAACAGCAGCGCCACAUCUGGUCGCUUGCCCGAGGACUGGAGAGGACGUGCGGCAGAUGGCAGCGGGUACAUGAGCAGACAGGUCUCGCCGGCUCUUAUGGAGAUUGGGGACGGUUAUGCAUACAAGCACAACGACAGACCGAUACUGCUUCCCAGGCUGCAGGACUGUGGUGGUCCUCCGAGCUGGUCUGGCCCGAUACUGAAGCUCUCCAAGUAUCACCGGCUCGAUAUGAACUAUCAGACAAGGGGGGACUUUCUGUGGGGUUGA